AUGCGUCGGCCGGGAAUCGAACCCGGAUCACUCGCGUGGGAGGCGAGCAUUCUACCACUAAACCACCGACGCAGGGAUAUGGUAGCAAGUGUUCAAAUGUUGAUGGUGGAUAAUUAUCCGUGGAUGCGCUUCUUUUUACCAACCUAUUAUCGUUAUUACAAAAAUGGCUUUGCACUGCAAAGAUUCUUUCUGGAUCAUAUCGAUGUGCACGAAUAUAAUCUAUCGUCUGAUGAUGAAGAAUCAACAGAUUUCAUUGAUGCUUACAUAAAGGAAAUGAGGCGACGAAUCGCUUACGGAUAUUACAAGUAUCCUGAUCGACGCAAUCCUCCACAUUAUUUGAGUUUUGAGCCUAAAAUCUCGCUGGCGCUCAAUGCAGGCGAUCUGUGGACAGGUGGAAUGGAGACUACCGUAACAACGCUUCGAUGGGCGAUUAUUUAUUUGCUGCAUCAUCCUGAGGUUCAAGACCAACUUUUCAAAGAGAUUGACACGGUAUUGGUUACUUCAUAUGAUAGGGGUCCUUUCGAGAUUAAAUACUGA